UAUUGUAUAAUACAGUACGGAGUUCGGCGAUUGUGAUCUCAUAGAUCAAGCUGGGACUGGAUCAAGCCCACUCCGGUCUUGGGCCACCUAUCUUACCUUCAGGUUACUGUGGUAGGUGUAUCAACUGUGACGGGAAGGCUUUGUCAGAGAUCUUGGUUAGUGACUCCGAUUCAAAGGAUCCCAUGAUACCGCCAAAACAAGGGCCCCGACACGCAAUGAGUUCGUAGAACUGUCCCGAAAUUCCAUGCAACCAGGGUUUGUUUGCUGACAUCAUUGCUUCCGGCUUUCGGGAGAUGCAACAUUCCGAUCACUUAUAUUCAGGCUGAGGUCGCGUAAGUAGGGGGCCAGGAGCUAAACAACCAUACAUACAAACCACAAGACGGACGCCGGCGGACUGCACGAGCACGCCGGAGCUGUGUUAAAGUUUGUCAAGUGGCCGCAAUGGGCCUUGAACAAGAUCUAAGGAGCGAUCCUCCGUGCCAUCCGCGGGCGUGCGCAAUUCAAGACUGCUUGACGAAAACCGGGUAUAACGAGGCCAAGUGCGCCAAGUACGUCGAUGCUCUCUAUGAGUGUUGCCAGACCUUCUACGAGAAGAACGGCGACAGUGCAGUAACUGUCAGCUGUCCCAAGCCGAACUUGUUACGGCUGAAGAUGGAGCAGAGGAAGGGCACUCAGUGAGCAGGCGUCAAGAAAUGUAUCACACGUCCAAAUAUGUCCACCUGAAGGACCCCUAGAGGCGUCAGGUAACUGGAAAGGAGAGUGCAGAAUUUUUCUAGGCUAUCAUUGAGCGCGCGUGAGGCCGCGUGGCCUGAACAAGCACUGAGGGACUUGUUCCGAGACUCUAAUAUGAAUGCCAUUGACAUUGUUGAAAGAAGGGAAAAAAGGAAACAAAAUUUUGGUUUUCUCGGCGUUUUGACCUAAGCUGCGAGUGGGUCACAUGUGCCCCACACCGUGUGCGACUAAGCUGAGGUAUCCAGUAUCCAUAAGGCAGCGGCUCGUGCGGUGACAGGGAAGCCAGCCGCCAACAGUCCCA